UUUAGGGAAACAUCCCCUCUCACUCCCUUCUCUGCUUGUGAGAAGCUGCACUGGACAGAACCACCAUCAUGCCGGGCCUGAUCAACAAGAGCAAAUGGAGUGCUCUGCCUCUCAGCAUCUCAGACAUCAGUUCCUGUGUCAGGGGUUACACCCUGGCAAUGACAGCCUCCUUGACCUAUGAAAACAUCGAAGAUCACCCUAUUGAGGGAAUCUUUAUAUACCCUCUGGAUGAGGGCAGCGUGGUGGUUGGGUUCGAAGCGAUGAUUGGCAGUCAGAUAAUAACCGUGCAGGUCAAAGAUAAAACGAAAAUCGAUGACUGUUUCUUUGAUUGCUGCAAUGCCAAUGGAACCCCGCAGAACGGAGGUGGACAUAUCGUUUUGGAUGAGGAUCAGGAGAGGACAGUGCUGGUGGUCAGUCUGGGGGUCAUUCCCCCUCUGGAGACCAUUAAUAUACUGGUCAGCACCUCCUCUGAGCUCCGCACACUCCCUAAAGGGGGAAUUCGGGUGACCUCACCACCCGUCUGCUCUCCAAGAGUCCAGCGUUCUGUCAAAGAGGAGCAGGCAUUUUCGCCCAGCACUGCUAGGAGGAGGGAUCAGCAUCAUUGUUCAGUGGGAGCCCAUGAGCAGACGGCCUCAGGUGUGUGUUUGGCUGCUAUGUUGGAGGAAGAGACCAUCAACUCCAUUGACUAUGAGUUUAAUUUCCAUCUUGAGAUCAGAGGACCGUAUUUACUGGCAGGUGUGGAAAGCCCCUCACAUGCCAUCCGUGCAGACGCUGACCCCUCGGCUCGCUCUGCCACCAAUAUUGUGGUCACGCUGGCAGACAAGUACACCUACGACUGCCCUGUGGAGAUACUGAUCUACCCUAGUGAGCCCCAUCUGCCACACGUUCUCAUCGAAGACGGAGACAUGACGCCGGAGGAAUACGAUGAGCAUCUGAAAGGCCGGAGCGACUAUAUAAAGGCCACGAAGAAGGACUGCAGUAAUGAAAAGACAGUGGACAUCAUUCGGAAGAGGCUCCAUAAAGACAUCCUCCACAACCCCGUGGUCAUGCUGAACUUCUGCCCAAACCUCAGUUCAACGACCUCUGACCUGCGGAGCAUCCAGGGGGAAUUCAUCUUCCUCAUUGACCGCAGUGGAAGCAUGAGUGGGGUCAACAUCAAUCGAGUUAAGGACGCAAUGGUCGUGAUUCUGAAAAGUCUUUUCCCAGCAUGCUUAUUCAACAUAGUGGGCUUCGGAUCUAAGUUCAAAACGCUGUUUGUCACCAGUCAGAGCUACAAUGAGGAGAGCUUGGCGUUGGCUUGUGAGCAUGUGAAGAAGAUCCGCGCUGACAUGGGCGGCACAAACAUACUGGCUCCUCUCAACUGGAUCCUACGGCAGCCCAUGCAGAGAGGUCAUCCUCGCCUGCUCUUCCUCCUGACCGACGGAGCCGUCAGUAACACGGGGAAAGUUAUUGAGUUGCUCCGCAGCCACGCUAGGUUCACCAGGUGUUACACAUUCGGUAUAGGCCAGGGUGUGUGCAGGAGGCUGGUUUUAGGACUGGCUGCCGUUUCCAGAGGCACAGCUGAGUUCCUGGCAGAAGGAGAACGACUGCAGCCCAAGAUGAUUAAGUCACUGAAGAAGUCCAUGACCUCAGUGCUGACUGACAUCUCCAUUGAGUGGCUAUAUCCAGAGACAAAGGAGAUCCUGCUCUCUCCAGUCGGGGUGAGCUGUCUGUUCCCUGGUGACCGGCUGAUUGGAUACAGCGUGGUCUGUGAUACCUCCCGAUAUCACUCCAACCCCAAAUCAGACAAACGGAAACGAUACAGCAUGAUGCGUUCCAAUGAGUCGGCCAGUUCAGUGUUCUAUCACUCUCAAGAGGAGGAUGCUGGGAAGGUUUCCUCUGACGGUCAGGGGCCGCACAGGGACAAUCAAGUCAGCUCGCUGUUUGACGGUUGCCAGGAGACCAUGUCUGAGAGCAGUCCUAUCUCUACAGAGCAAGACAUUAUGGGAACUGACACAGCCACCUCUCCGAGAAGACGUGCUUACAGCACCAAUCAGAUUGUAGAUUACAACCCCAUGAAGAAGGCCUACACCCCCAGUGACCCCAGCUCAGUGGUGGGCAAAAACCCUCUUAGAAGAGCUAAAGUCCAGGAGCUCAUUGGACAGACACAUCCUGACCACGGAGCUCACUGGAAAAUGGACUACCAGCCACAGUUGGCCAGCCUGUGUGCCACCUCCUCAAGAGGACGUCCCAUAACUGCUCACAAACCUCUAGUGCAACAACCAGAGGGUCUCCAGGGGGAGUCUAAAAUUGAUCAGACCCAUCCCGGCCCAGUAGUGGCAGACGGUUCCAGAUCUUCAACUGACAGCCCUUCUCUAGGCAGCACCGGCGAUGCAGAUGGCUACACGCAUCAGCUUUGCGAAGUCGAAACGCCCCAGGAUCCUCACGCGCCAGAAUUCAAGGCCAGUCACGGAAAGGGAGACUGCAAAGCGGUCAUAUCAGGACUGCUGUGCGGGAAACCCAUGAGAUGGGAAGUGGCCUUUGACAUCCAGCCUUACCUGAAAGGCCGAGAGCGGGAGGAGAAAGUUCACGAGGACCUGUGGAACGAAACCUUCCAUCACCUGGCGGGAAGCUCCAUUAUUCAAGACUUUGAACACAUGGCGGACAAAGAGUGUGAGAUUGAGCAUGGUUCUGGGAGAAGGUACCAGCUUUACGCCAUCCACACGAGCAAAGCCUGCAACAUCUUGAGCAAAUACACAGCAUUUGUACCUAUCGAUCUGGACAGCAAUGAAUAUUUACCCACCUUCAUUGAGUACAGCCAUCCUGGGGAGGAUCAUAAACGAAGUCCGCACUGCAGUUCUCGUUCCAGCAGCAGGAAGAACCGAGGUUACUCUGUAGGUCUGGGGCGCUCGCAAUCAGGAGGUUUGCCUGGGCAAGAAGAUGCAGCACUAUGCUACAACGUAGACAAUGCAUCUCAAUCCUCCUACAAAUCACCCUCAUCCUCCAGCUGGGAACGAUGUAGCUCUUCUGAAGCCUCUCAAAGGAAUGCGUCGGUGACCUCCGACCCCUCGCAGAGAUCAGUCGAGAGCCUUUUCUCCGCCAGCAAGCUGAGCCUGAGCAGGACGCGUCUCUUGACGAAAGCCGCCAGGGGCUUCAUGAGCCGGUCGCAGAGCAAAAUCAGCAACUCCGUGGGAGAGAGCGAAAAUGACAACAAGGACUACAUCCCUCUGGUGUCAUUGCAGCUGUCCUGUGGGGCGUUCAUGUUGGACAGUGCCUUGUGUGACGCCAUCAACGUGCCCAUGGACAAGCUCAAGUGGACGUCACCCUUCACCAGCCACAGAAUCAGCCUUACCCAUGUGUCCCACUCUGGCUCCCGGCGCUCUGAGAGUCUGGAGGUCCACCACGGCUCAUCACCUCCUCCAAAAGACUCGGACUUGAACUCCGAAUGUGAGGAACUGGUGUCCCGCACAUCUUCAUCCUCAUACCAGGCCCGAAGCCCUCGGAUGGAGGGCGAGCCCUCGCUGUUGAGUGGCUUCUCGUCGAUGUCGACCGAAGCCCCGCUGUCGCCUAUCAACUCUUUGCACGACAGUGGACGGGAGUCUGAGUCAGAAAUCGCCGAGACGCCCUGGCUGAGUUCACCUGGGAUCCUACAAAGGGCCGUGCAAGACCCUGAGGGGAUGGUGUGGGCGACCGCGGUUGCUCUGGCCUGGCUGGAACACAGUUCGGCCAGCUAUUUCAUCGAGUGGGAGUUGAUCGCAGCCAAGGCCAGCAUGUGGCUAGAUGAACAGAUCAUCCCAGAGGGCCGAGACCUGGCGGCGGUCAAAGCCGCGGCCAAUCAACUCUUCAUCAUCCUCAGACACUGGGACGAGAACCUGCAGCUCAACAUGCUCUGCUACAACCCCAACAGCAUGUGAGUCCUGAUAUGGUAGGGACUAAACUUCAAACUAUGCGAAACAAGGGUUUUACUCUCCUUGAGUUGUUUUAAUGUUUAUUCUGUGGGUUUCGUUUUAGUUUUAUGAAUAGAAAUCGUACCAGUAUUUCAUCCGCCUGAAGGCCAGAAAC